AUGGGCGAUCCAUCCACGACGCUGCCGGAGUGGCUCAAGGACAUGAGCAAGAGCGAUCCGAAGAGUGUCCGGCCGGUCCCACCAGGCAUUGACCCGUCCCGCUUCAAGAUCAUCCGCAUGGAGGGCGUUCAAAUCCGGGCGCUGAUCGGCAAAGGUGGUGAGACGAUCAAGGAGAUCAGACUGCGAAGCGGAGCUGACAUCAAGAUCGACCACCUGCCAUCGGACCGAGCU